UUGAAACGUUUCAAACAACAAGAUAARGAUUUUAAGRGAAAWAUUGCAUUUUUAAAAUAUCUUUUUAGAYAGAUUCAACACAAAUAAGUAUUUGAAUCCUGUUCAUGAUUUUAAACGAAUCGGUGGAUAUUUUACUUCGACUUGAGAAGCAAGAUGGACGACACAUCUGAGGAAUCUAAAAUGAAUGAGACAGAGACAAUAAAUGCCUUAAAGCAGACACAGGAUAAUGUGACAUUAGACAAGCAAUCUGAUUUGACAAGAAAUACAAAGAAAAGUGGUACACGUGUUUUUAUUGGAAGACGCACUGGCAAAACAAUAAAAGUGAACAAAUCCUUUAAUAUUGCAGAUUGUUUUCCUCCAGUUGAAGAAUCCGAUGAAGAAAAUUUAUCACCAAAAGAAAUACCCAAACCAGUUGAAAAACCAGCCAAGAGAAAGCAACAAGCCAAGAAAGCAGCAAAGCGUCAUUUCAUUGGAAGGUAA